AUGGAGGGUAUAGACAUGGAGAGGCCUCAAGCUGCACCUGGGUCGAUUCCAGGGGAGGCACCGCCUUUCCUGUGGGUGGUGAUCAUUGCAGCAGCUGCACUCUGGUGGCUCUUACCAUGGAUCGAACGGUGGCAAGAGGCCAGACGUGCUCCUCCGGUCGUCAGCAGUGCAGAGCGCGUGGCUGCGAUGGAGAAAACCGUGCAAGCGCAAGAGUAUGUGGAGCCGGAGCUUGAACCAGGAGACACCUUUCUGAGACCCGCAGCGCUACCCUUCGACCCGGACGAGUUCUUCCGGGAGACCUAUGCCGCGGGCUGCAGUUUGCUGGAGGAGAUCUUGGCGGUGCCUCCGCAGGGGGAGCAGUUCACUGCAGCAGUGAAGGGCUUGCAUGCGCUGGCGAAUAUCUUGGAUCGACUCUUUCACUCUUGGGCUGAGGAGGCGGGCGACCGAGCGCGGUGCCAGUUGAAGGAGGAGAGCGAGGCCUUCGUCAGCAGCUUCACGGCACGCGGCGAUGCACCGAUAAGGCGGCUCUUGGCUCAUGCUGGCUUUCGGAGGGAGGAGAGCUCUCGAGCUGUGUGGUGCUUUGAUCGUGAGGAUCCUGAAAUCAGGCUCAGAGGCCUCACCGUCAGAUUGUGCCUGCUGCGCUUUUCGGAACUGCAGAGGCUGCGCGGCACGCACCGCUGGGCCCAGUCCAGCAACGCGGCGGUGGUGCCGAAGCCCACGGCCACCGUGCCGGAGCUGCUGGAGCUCUACCGGUCGCCGUCCGAGGCACCAGAGUUGGAGAAGCCAUCGCUGAGGGAGAGGAACUUGGAAGCGGAGGUGAGAGGAAAGAUCCAGGAACGGCGUAGUGAGGCGCUGGCGCCCGUCCCGCCGGUGCCGCUCGCGCUGCACGAGGGCUUGGCGCAGGCGGCACGGCGCUUGGCGCAGGCGCAAAGGGUCCAGGAGCGGAGCCAGGCUUCGCCGACGAGGCUCCGGGCCAGCGAGGUCGAGAAACUUUUGGCCCAGAUGCCCCUGCCACCAGGUUUCACUGCGGUGCACCUGUACUUCCGCAGCACCGAGCUGCCGAGCAUCUUUGGUCUCACCAGCAGUACUGGCCGCAACAGCGGAAACGCAGCGGGUGAGGACCGCGCGGCCGACAUCUUAGCACGCGAGGCCGUGGGGCACUGGGCAGCCCGAGUGCCGACGCUCACCUGGCCGAGCGCCAGUCUCUGUGGCGUGGGCGCUGCGCUGGACUACACGGUGAACCGUGGAUUCGUGGUUGCGUUGCUGAUUGGCUUUGAGGGUGCCUGCGUCGAAGAGGCCUCCGCGCAGCGGAGCGCCAUGCAAGACCUCCGAAGGCGGCAGACGGCCGCCGCCGAGGCGGCGGCGGCCAAGCCGGCCCAGCCAAGCUUUGGCGCUCGGGUGCGGACCUUCGGAGCACCUGCAGCAGAUGCGGUCGGCACGAUGUUGCUUGGCCUGGUGGCUACUGAGCAGCGCGAAGAUGCGAUGCAUGCCUUGGAGAAUGAGCUCCCGGACAUCUUUUGGGACUACCGGGACAAGUACGUGCCGAAGCCUCGAAGCUUCUUCGGGCGGAAGGCGGCCAUGAAGAAGUCCCGCAGCUACCCGGACGAGGAUGUGGUGUACACCGACGAAGAGCUUGAAGAAGAGGAGGAGAUUGCUGAGAAGAGAGAGCUGCGUGCACUGCGAGCGGAGAAGAAGGCACGAGGAGAGACCAUCACCAUGAAGGACAAAGUGGACGAGAUGAAAGGAGCGCCUCAAGCGAUGGGAAGAGAUGCUGGAAGAUGCGAGGUCGCGCUGAAGAGAUGGUCGGCCGUGGAAGACAUGGCCUUGUCCUGCGAACACGCUCUUUGCUCCGAAUGCCUCCUACGCUAUGUGGAGAGCCUGGUGAACCACGGCCGCGUUGAGGUCCGGUGCCCUGUGCCUCAGUGCCAGGAGCCUGUGCCCAGCGAGCUGCUGCAGCAGCUACUGCAAGAUGCAGGAGGAGGUGAUGGGGAGAAACUCUUCUUGCGGCUCUUGGACUUCCAAGCCCUGCGCAUUGAGCCCGGCGAAGGUGAACGGCUGCUGAACUGUCCCACACCAGGCUGCAUGAAGAUGUUGGUGCCAGUGGCUUUGGUUCAAGAGCGGGCUAAUGUGAACUGCCCUGAGUGCCGUCAGAGCUUUUGUGCUGCUUGCUGUCAAGCAGCUCACGGACUUGAGAGUUGUGAAGCUGCAGAGCUGCAACGGAUGGAUCCAGCCAUGCGGAAGCUCAUGAUGCAACAGAACUGGAAGCGCUGCCCGAGCUGCCGACACCUCUGCGAGCGCGAGAGUGGAUGUAAUUUCAUGACCUGCCCAUCUGAGCAAUGUCAAGGCGCGACCCACUUCUGCUACCUUUGCGAAGAGCCUCUCUUGGCCUCCGACCACGCCAGCCACUACGAGGGCUUCGACGGCGCGAUCGGACUUCGAGGCCCUUUUGGCGCCGUGUGCCGCAACCGGCCCACGGUGGACGGGGAACGCGCGGCGUCGCUGCCCGGGAAGCCGGCUCCACCGCAGCUGUCGGUGGUGCCAGGGGAAGAGGAGGGCUCCAUAGCGUUGCGGAUCACCUGGGGUGAGCACAGGAGCGAGCCUCCAACCAUCUACUAUCGCAUCUGGCUGACUGUGCCAGGUAGUCAGGAGGUGCGGCGCUUGAGUGCACAGGCCAGGCAGCCCUACUUCGAUGCGCCCAAGUCCUUGCCGAAAUACAUUCGCUACCAGGCCACAGUCGUACCUGUGAACGUGAACGGCGCCGGCCCCUCGAGCGAGCCGAGCGAGGUGGUGCACUUCCACCCCCGGGAGCUGCGUUCCACGCGGUAUCCUGCAGUAUCUGCCGUCCCCGCGAAGAGCAAGCGCUGGACGACCAGGUGA